UGGUUUUGUCCGUCGACGAGUGGGAUUCGCUUUUAGCUCCAAUCGUGGUGCCGUACGCGCAGAGUGCAGUGCUUGACAGACCUUGGCGUUUUUUUCAAUCAACACCAGCCCUAAUCUAAUCAAGAGUGUCCGUUCGCGAUCGAAACAUCUGUACGCUGCAGGCUGACCCGUUCGGUUCGCAAACCGUCCAGUGCUAGUAUGCUCGUUCACCGUGCGCGUAAAAAACACUUGAUGCAAGGAACUUAACACACACACACGGUACGACUCCCUUCCUUUUGGUCUACGGCUCGCCCACCCACCCCCGCUGGCGCUGGUGUGUAGUGCGAAAAGAAUUCGUGUUUUUGCCGUGCAGUGUUUCUCGUAAAAUGUGCGGUGAAUAAAAAGGUUCGCGUUCAGCAUAGUGUGCGAGAUUGCCAUUUUACACCGAACGUGUCCAUUUUCUGCUUCGAUUUCCACCCGCAAACCCCUUUUCGUCAAACGCCCCACAUCACGGCCCGCUCCGGCCAGUUCUUAUUCAAUCGAAAGUACACGCAAGAACCGCACUUGCGUUGCAGAGCAUACGCAUCGUACGGGUUGCCGGUAGCGAGAGCGAGAAGGACUGUAACCGAUUGCGAAAACAUCUAAGCAAGAGCGAGAACGAGCAGCAAUCGUGCCUACACAGAAGCAGAAAGGGUUUGCCAUUUUUCUUUCCAAAAACAACACCGAAAAGCCACCGCAGCCACAACACACGGUAGACCGGAAAAAUUGCGACGUGCAGCGCGAGAAAACGGCUGGACAAAAGAUUGGGUCUAGGUAACGAGCAGCAAGGAGGGAACAAACAAAAGAAGUUAUAGAAACGCAAACAACAGCAGCAACAACCACCCCGCAUCAAAAUGAUUCCCAAUAAAACGAACUGAUAUACGGCUGCUUGCAGCUCGUCGUGGUUCAAAGGUGUGUUGUGUGAAGCAGAAGUGAAGAAGGUGUUGCGGGAGAGUGUGCGAGCGCGGGUGUGUGUGUUUUGUUUUGAUCGUUCGCGGUCUGUUUUUUUGGGUUUCCUUCAUUUCGCUGUUCGCGGAGAGCUGCUGUUGUUCAGCAUACCGGUACUGCUGCAGUGUGUUCCAGUUUGCUUCGAUCGUAUCUCUGUCCCUACUCUUGUGCGUCGCUAAGAAACCUGAAACUCGCAGGUUGCUGUGGUUGUGUUGUGUUUUUGAUUUACCGUGGUGACCGUGAAUAAGGGCUCUCGCGCACUGUCGCUGUGUGUGUGUGUGUGUGGUGCUGGAGAUUGUACUGUUUUUGGUGGAGCCAAAAUCAAAGGGCAAGCAAGCAAAAGCAACACACGUCCCAUCCGGCAUCCGAUACAUGGCUAGUUCUAUGAACAGCAGGAACCGCAUUCGUCGUCGACUGGCUGCGAUAUCCUUUCUGUCCAACAUCUCGCUGGACGGUACCCAUCGGGACACGAAGCUCGGUCCGCUGCACGGAGGCGGAGGUGGAGCGGUUGGUGCGUCACUGGCCGGCAGAGCAGGCGGAGGAGCAACAGCGGUUAGCCACACCAGCGCAGCACUAGCACUGAACAACAAUGAUCUGGACGGUAUCGGCACGUGCAAUGACGAGCCGGGAGAGGACGGGCUCGAUGCGCCUGGGACGGUCCGCGGCUGGCUGCCGGCGGGCGGUGGUGGCGCGGCACCGAUCGACGGUGCUGCGGCCGGCUUGAGCGGUGGGCCGGCCAACCCGCCGAUUGCUGCCGAGGGGCAGCAGCGGGCACGGGCCAGAACUGGAACGUUUAGCAAAAGUCCCGAACGCUACGCCGGCAAGCGGAUCGACAGCGAGGGCAACAUGGUGGUCAGCAAUGGGUCAUCGGCCAAGGGCACGCCGCUGAAGGAUCGUGAAAAUUGGAAUCCGAACGAUGGACGGCUAAACCAUACGGCGGAUAAGCGCUCGCGAGCGAACUCCGCCACGCAGCGUCCAACCGGUGCCAAACGAUCGCUGCUGAUGAAUACCAGCGCCGGAACAAUCGUAACCGGCCCCACGUCGUCCGGCGGUGGCAAUGGACCAGAAGAUCCACAACAGCGUCCCGGCGCGGGUACGGCAGGUUGGACCACGAACAGCAGCACGGAAAGCUUGAUCCAGGGCCGUCCGACCCGGACCGUCGUCAUUAACGAUCAGGGUGCAGGUGGUGGUGGUUAUCCGCGCGAGGUGCGCUACUACAACCAGAUGGACCUGCGGCGCCAUCCGGGCGGCUUUCAGGAGGAUCGUAUCGUGCUGCUGGCGAAGAAAGCACCGUGCCAUAUCUUCUCCGUGUUGCCGUACUGCAAGGGCAAAGCGUCGCGGGCCGAAAUGCGUCGCGAGCGGCGCCGUCAUCCGUCCGGUGCGCGCCCACUGUCCUCGAUUAACGAUGCACCGUUCGACGCGUUCCGGCUGCUCGGGAUCGAGCGUGGCGGUGAGGUCGGUCAGGAGGUAUCGUACGGAUACUUGCUGAUCCCUUCGAGGGCGUAUCAUCGCGAGAAAAAGCACCCGGAAAAGGCUAUCAAGAGUGGUGCUGCGUUCGAGAUAACGAACUUCGCCUCGAUGGAGAAUCAUGCCGCGGCACGGUACUAUGAUACGUUGAACCGUAACAGUGCCGCGAGUCCAUCGCAACCGUCGGGUGGAGCGUCCGGUGGAGGAGUGGGUGGUGUCGUUGGUGGUGGUGGUGGUGGUGCGGGUAGUGGACCAUCGUCCGGACUGUUGGACAUUUCGAAAGAGUACGAAGAUGGCUACACUUCCAUUUCCGGGAUACAGUACUCGGCCAACAUACUGGACGAUCCGGAGCUGAUUGCGGGCAAGCAUCGGACGCUGCUCACCUUCACCUCGUACGUUACGUCCGUCAUCGACUACGUGCGGCCGUCCGAGCUGAAGAAGGAGCUGAACGAUCAGUUCCGGGAGAAGUUCCCACAAAUUCAGCUUACGCUCAGCAAACUCCGAAGCAUUAAACGCGAGAUGAAGCGCAUCAACAAGCUGGACAGCCGUGUCGACUUUCUGACCAUCUCGCAGGCGUACGUCUACUUCGAGAAGCUCAUCCUGUCCAAGCUGGUCAACAAGGAGAACCGGAAGCUGUGCGCCGGCGCCUGUCUGCUGCUGAGCGCCAAACUGAACGACAUCAAGGGAGAGGCGCUCAAAAGCUUGAUCGAGAAAACAGAAAGCGUGUUUCGUCUAAAUCGUAAGGAGCUGAUCGCUUCCGAGUUUGCGGUGCUGGUGGCGCUCGAGUUUAGCCUGCACGUACCGACGCAGGAAAUUCAUCCGCACUAUCAGCGCCUGAUGUACGAAUCAUAGGAAUGGGCGGUAGGUGGCGGUUGCGGCGGCGGCGGUGGUGGUGGGGAAGCAGCCGGAACGAGGAAGGGAGUCAACGAGAUUAACCAUUUACUGUUGUGUCAUAUGCUGCAGGAAGCAUUUAUUGGGUGAUUUUCUUACACAGAUUUAGGGGCGGCUAGUUGAAGCGGGACAGAGCAGCCAAGCACUUGACUGCUUCCCCCCGGGCAAAGACUGUUAAUUGCAAAUGAGUGUGAGGAGAUUUAUAAAUGCUUAGAACAACCCCCCCGCGUUAGUAGUUGUACACUCUUAAAAAAAAGUUAAACGUUUACAGCCGGGUUUAAACACUGUAAUGCGGAUUUUUAAAGCACACAAAUCAGCAACCCCACAUCCAUGUUUGGGAUGGGGUGUUGUAGGUUAUAUGCAAUGAUAAGCAUUACUUUGCCAUAUAAAACACAGAAAAAUGUAUACCGUUUUUAGCAGCAUGUUAGGCAAGCGCAACUUCAUUCUGCUCAAUAUCUCUCUCACACACACUCUUCUUGUCCCUUAGCGAGUUCCUAAAAAACAUUAGAUAGAAUGAUGGAUGUACUUACGGAACUUAGUGUUGACCCAAUGUACUUCUCAUCUCACCACUCCAUGUGUCCUAGCUUAACUAAUCCCCCGAAUGCGAAUGAAAUUGGAUGUACUUACGGUGGCUGCGGCGGAUGCCAUAUACAACCCGAUGUACUUUUACUAUUUCUAUUCGAUUUUUUUUACCAAUCCGGGCAAAGAUAUAUUAGAUGGUCGUUUAUUUUUAUUUUUUCUUUAAAUUUUGUUAUUUACCCACCCAUAUACUAGUAUAUAUACCUUAAGGAUUUAUGUUUAUUAGGCUGAAACGCCCCGCAAACGUGUAGCUAUACAAUAUGCCACAGGACAACACAGCUAAAAAGGGUGAUGGUGAAAAAUCGGUUUAUAAAACUGUGCUUACACAUAUAUACUGCUGCCGAAGUACUUGCGAGAAGGAAGGUAGAAUUCGUUAUAUUUCGCGUUUAUUUUAUUAAACCCACGCUUUUCUGUUUGUUUUAGUUCGUUACAUCUUUACAUCGUUUUGUUGAGUGUUUGGUAGAAGAGGGGGGAAGUAGUGCUUGUAGUCGUAGUUGUAAAAGCUCGCUCGGGAGUGGGCAUUUUUUUUUUCAAAAUAUAACCUCUUUACUAUAGACGUGGUGUCACACCUUGA